GGGGGGAAUAGACCGAGAGUCGUCGGCGGAUGUUGGGGUUUUCUCGGACCUCGUUCCCCCCUCAUCCCGCUAUGACUUCAGAGCGGGAAGCGAGCACCGAGGGCACCAAGUUAUCAGCAGAGGUCAAACCGUUUGUUCCAAAAUAUGCGGCGGUAACAGUGGCAUGGUCAGAACCCUCAGAAGCAUGUGUCUUUCCUAGAUAUUAUACAACAUGCUACCCAUAUGUUCAGGAGCCUCCAGUGGAUAAACAACAGGAAUGUCUUCAAGAUGUGCCUUGGAAUUCCACCACCUCUCUUUCCUCAUAUGCAUCUCAGAGUCUUAUGGGAUGCGAUUCGCUUGGGGAAUACUCCAGUUCUUGUUCAGUUGAUGCUGCACCAAAUAUAUCCACAGUUCCCAACUUUCGAUGUGAUAAGAACUCUAAGCUCUACAGCUCUUCUCGACAGGAGAGACAGUAUGUCCAACAGACGUCUCUCAUCAGAAAAGAGGCUGAAAACAUUCCCAGGAAGCAACCAAAAGAUGAGGAACCCAAACUGCGAUGUAAAAGGACCGAAGGUGGUGACGCUUCUUGCACAGCAACAGGGAGUUCAUUUCAGACUGCUCUGCGUGGCAGAAGUCCUGUUAAAUCAGAUAGGCAUACUAAAGCUGUGAACAGUAAAUACAAGCACAUUCCAAAUACAGAGUCAUUUCCGGCACCCAACUUUGAAAUUACUCUCUCAGAUUUCCCAAAGUUGCAAAGCCUGGGGAGUAACAACCUGCUUGACCUUCAGAAUUGUACCUGGGGGCCAUUGGGCUCAGCUGAAGGUGAUACGCUGCCUUUGAAACUCACAAGAAAACCAAAGAAUUCUGCUUUCAUAACCAAAGAGGGAGAAGUAUCUGUGAGAAGGCUGUCCCCAGGAAGAAAUUUAAGUACUGAUACUGAAAUUCCUCAGGUAUCUUCAGGUUCCUUCGCUAAGAGCCAAGUGUCUUGGGCCACUAUUCUUUCACAAACGCCAAAGAAAAUUAUUCCUUCGCCUUCCUCUGUUCUUGCCAGCAGCCAUUCUGGUAGUGAAAGAAAAGUUGAUAUUCCUCAAGAUCGUAAGUCAAAAGAGAAUGCUAGUGAUAGUGAAGUUGAAGAGAUGUCAGAAAAGAAGAAGAAAAAAAAGAAGAAGAAGAAGAAGAAGGCCAAGUCAAACAGUGAUGUGGAGAAACUUCUUAAUGAAAACAUUGUAGUUCAAGAACCUCCACGAAUUGAGGAUGAUGAAGAAUUUCCUGACUUAGCUGUUGCUACUGAUAAAAAAUACAAGCCAGGGACUCAGAAGUUCUGCUGUUCAACCCCUGCUACGAGGGUUCAGGCUGAAGUAAUUCUAACAAGAGAAUCUGGGUGUGAUUCUUAUGGCUCUCCUCAUAAUGCAUUAGUAACUCCCAAGCCAGAUAUACUACCUGGAAGAAAAACUGGCAGACAAGUUUCAUCUAGUAUAAUAGAAAAAAGGAAAACACAGGAGUCCUCUAAGAGUAGUGGGAAGAAAAGCCAGCUUCCCGUUCAGCUGGAUUUGGCAGGGAUGCUGGCUGCUUUGGAACAGAAACAGCAUGCAGAGAAAUUGAAACAGUCUCCUAAGCCUGUGGUGCUUUCAGUUGGUGGUGCAGUAACAUUGCCUUCAAAGGAAUCUACGCCAGUAACAAAAAGUCAUCCAUUAAGCCAACAAAAGUCUCCACAUAACCCACUGGAUUCCAGUGCUCCUUUGGUCAAGAAGGGAAAGCAGAGAGAGGUCCCCAAGGCAAAAAAGCCAACAUCACUCAAAAAGAUUAUUUUGAAAGAGAGAGAGCAGCGGAAACAGCAACACCUGUUAGAACAGACGGAGAUUCCAAAGGAUAAUGAAACUGAUCAGGAGGGUACGGAAUCUACUUGUGAGGAUCAGCCAUUUUCUCAAGACACCAAAGCAGAAAUUGCAGAAGAACCGCCUAUGGAUGCUGUAGUUCUGACUCAAAGUAAUUCAGAAGUAUCCCUGCACUGCAUAGAACUCAGUGGCUCCUCAGACAACUCCCUUAUUCCUACACAGCUAAAUCCCACCCUUCCCAAGAUUCACAGCAGAAGAUUUAGAGAUUACUGUACGCAAGUCCUUAGUAAGGAGGUUGACAGCUGCGUAACUGAUCUUUUGAAAGAGCUGGUUCGCUUCCAAGAUCGCCUGUAUCAGAAAGAUCCAGUCAAAGCCAAGACGAAACGCAGGCUUGUUAUGGGGCUGAGAGAAGUGUUGAAACACCUGAAGUUGAAAAAGUUGAAAUGUGUUAUCAUUUCCCCAAACUGUGAAAAAAUUCAGUCAAAAGGUGGGUUGGAUGAGACGCUACAUCUCAUCAUUGACACCGCUUGUGAACAAAAUAUUCCUUUUGUCUUUGCUCUCAAUCGCAAAGCUCUAGGGCGCUGUUUGAAUAAAGCAGUGCCUGUCAGUGUUGUGGGAAUAUUUAGUUAUGAUGGUGCUCAGGACUGUUUUCACAAAAUGGUGGAAUUGACAAUGGAAGCAAGGUUGGCCUAUAGAGAAAUGAUUGCAGCUUUACAAAGAGAGUCUGCUGAUGAAGAAAAUGAAAGUGACUGUGCCCACUCUAAAACCCAUUAUAGAGAAAGCAACGUACAAGAUACUGGUAAAGCAGCCUCUCCAGACUCUGAUGAAGAUGUUCCUAAUUAUAUUAAAAUCUGGAAGAGAAAGCUUGAGGAGGAGUAUAAUCCUUAUGCGCUGGAGCUGGAAAAUCGGGCAACUGCUGAAAUGCUGACCUUGGAUUUUGAAGAGCCUUAGUAAAUCAAGACUGCCAUCUUUGGCCUUGGUGGUUUCUGUGUUUGUGUGUAUAGAUAUGUAAAUACUAAAUUAUCUAAAAUUGAUUGUCCAGGUGAUAGGGUGUGUAAUCAAGAAGUUGUUUAAAGUAAUGUCUUACUUUUUCACAAAAUAAUAACGCUGGAACAUGCAACUCUGGACUGUACCCAACAGCUUUCUGUCUCUUUAACUAAAUGCUGGAACUUUUUCAGCUGCGGUCUGUCAAGGCGUUUACUUUGGGGAGUCAGCAUCCAGUUUGCUUGAAGUGCCAGGAAGUUUGGUGACUUAACAGAUGCCAGACAUCUUAGGGCCUGCAACAUGCUUUCUGGGGUUGAAAAAUUCAUCAAGAGCCUACCCUCCCACCCCCACUACAUCUCUCUUAUAAAGAGUCUACAUAUACCAGAUGAUUUCACUGUUUCAUAGACCAAUGCUUGUGAAUUUGGAGUUUGCACAAUGGUUUCAUUCUCAUUCCAGUGGCUGUUUUUCUUUGGAUGUGAUUUAACCAUGUAAAUAAAUAUUGGUCUGAAAUAUGG